AUGACCGAGAUUCAGAAUGUCUACAAAGAAACAAGAUUCUCAGUUUUCUGCGACAACUUCUUCACAGGAUUACCGUUGAUAACGGCAAUGAAAGAAAAAAAUAUUUUAGUGACAGGUACAGUACGUAGUAAUCGCACUGACAAGUGUCCUUUGAAAUAUGAAAAAUUAUGCAAGAAGGAACAGCGAGGUUACCAUGACAGCCGGCUCGAUCUAAACAGCGGCAUCUGUGCAGUGCGCUGGAACGAUAAUAGUGUAGUUACUCUGUUAUCCAGUGAAUACGGCGUGGAGCCUAUACGAACUGCAAGGAGAUACUCAGCUGCUCAAAAGCAAAGAGUAAAUGUACCACAACCAACGAUGUGCACCAAUACAAUCGUUUUAUGGGAGGGGUUGAUCGGUUAG